AGAGCGGUUGGAGGGUCGGUCGGGGGGGUCGCCCUUGGCGACGGCCAUGGCGCUGCCUCGCCGGCGGGGCCCGGGGCCCUCAGGAGGGGCGCCCCCGCCGUGGCGGUGGAGGUCCGGCCGGGGCCCGCCGCUGCUGCCUCUCCUGAUGCUGUGGGACGUGCUGUGCUGCUUUUGCUUCCGCCCGGCGGAGGCCCUGGUGGAGGGCCUGUACUGCGGGAAGCGGGUGUGCUACGACGUGCUGGGCGUGAGCCGCGAGGCCAGCAAGGCCGAGAUCGCCCGCGCCUACCGCCAGCUGGCCCUCCGCUACCACCCGGACCGGCAGCGCGACCGCGAGCCCGACCCGGAGGCCGCCCAGGAGCAGUUCCUCCUCAUCGCCACCGCCUACGAGACCCUCAAGGAUGAAGAAACUCGUAAGGAUUAUGAUUAUAUGUUGGAUCAUCCUGAGGAGUAUUACAGCCAUUACUAUCACUAUUAUUCUAGAAGACUGGCACCCAAGGUGGAUGUCAGAAUAGUGAUCCUAGUCACAGUCUGUGCUAUCUCUGUAUUUCAGUUUUUCAGCUGGUGGAGUAGCUACAAUGAAGCUAUCAACUACCUAGCAACUUUGCCAAAAUACCGUAUACAAGCCACUGAAAUUGCCAGGCAGCAAGGGCUAUUGAACAUAGCAAGGGAAAAGGGCAAAAGCAGACGAUCUAAAGAAGAAAUCCGCAAGGAACAAGAGGAAAUAAUCAAAGAUGUAAUCAAAAACAAAAUAGAUAUCAAAGGUGGUUAUCAGAAACCCCAAAUAUACGACAUUCUUUUCUUCCAAAUCCUUUUGACCCCUUUUUAUGUCUGCAAGUAUAUAGGAUGGUAUUGUUGGUGGAUUUAUUGUUUCAAUAUCAAAGGACAAGAGUAUGGAGAAGAAGAAAAAUUGUACAUCAUACGUAAACACAUGAAAAUGUCCAAGUCUCAAUUUGACACCUUGGAAGAAAACCAGAAAGAGACUUUUCUUGAACGGCAGCUCUGGAUAAGAGAGAAGUAUGAGCUUUACAAACAAGAGCAAGAAGAAGAGUUGAAGAAAAAGAUGGCAAUGGACCCUCGAUGGAAAAGAUACAGGCGGUGGAUGAGGAAUGAAGGACCUGGAAGACUGACGUUUAUUGAUGAUUGAUACUUUUUUGAACACGUACAGUCGGGUUACAGAUCAUUGACAAGAAAAUUCAUACCUAAAAUGUUCAGAGUUUCACUGCUGUGUUUUUAGCAGUGUUCUAAAACUCAGGAAUUAUUCAAUCAGGCAGAAAACUAUUAACAUUUUAUGACUUUUAUAUAUAUAUAAAAAUAAAAGCAAAUCUGUUGAUCAGCCUUAA